UGCAAGUUACAGUUGCUGUGUGGGCCUUCCUAGAGAGUCACCUGUGAAGAGUCUGUCCUGGAACCUGCCCAUUCAGAGAAACUGGCAGGGGUAAAGCAGGUGUCCCUCUGCUCAGUCUAAUGUGCUCACCCUUCAAUCUCAGGUCUCUAUGUGCUCCAACAAAAGUGCAUAAAUCAAAACUAAGAGCCCUGAAUGGAAAAGGCCAAGGAGUCUCAAGGAUCCAGAACCUGUGAAAUUUCAAGAGGAGUCCCAAUAUUUGAAACUUGGAGAACAACAACAAAAAGAAUGAGUGCUUCUCUGGUAAACACUCCACAGGGUUUGUUAACCUUCAAUGAUGUGUCUUUGAACUUCUCACUGGAGGAAUGGGAAUGUCUCAAUUUUGCUCAGCGGUCGUUGUACAUAGAUGUAAUGUUGGAGAAUUUCAACAAUCUAUUGUUUUUGGAAAAUCAUCUCAUACAUGGAAGACAUCAGAAGGUCUUAGAUCAAGACACAGAGUACAAUGUCCAUGAACAUGUGAAUAUGAAAGAGAAGUCUUAUAAAUAUAAUGAGCUCAGCAAAAUGAUUUAUGAAUCCACCCAAAGUACACCUUAUAAAACUAACCACAGAGAUGCCUCACUUCAAUCCUCAAACGUGAAAAGACUUAAAAUUGGGAAAACCAGAGAAGUUUCCAAAUAUAAAGACUGUAUAAAGUGUUUAAAUGAGUGCUCUAUAAAUAAUCUAAAUCAAGGGAAGAAAGAAAACAACAAUCCAGAAUUUGAUAAGGGUUUUGUAUUUAAACAUAAACUGAUGCUGAAACCAAACAAUAAUGGUAAGAAGCUUUACAAAUGUAGUCACUGUGACAAAUGCUUUACUCACAGAGGCAUUCUUAGAAUUCAUCUUAGAAUUCAUACAGGAGAGAAACCUUACAAAUGCAGUGAAUGUGACAAAUGCUUUACCCAAAAAGGCAGUCUGCAAUGUCAUCAGCGAAUUCAUACAGGAGAGAAACCUUACAAAUGCAGUGAAUGUGACAAAUGCUUUACUGACAAAAGUAGUCUUAGACUUCAUCAGAAAAUUCAUACAGGUGACAAACCUUACAAAUGCAGUGAAUGUGACAAAUGCUUUACCCAAAAAUGCAGUCUUGAUAGUCAUCAGCGAAUUCAUACAGGAGAGAAACCUUAUAAAUGCAGUGAAUGUGACAAAUGCUUUACUGCCAAAAGUAGUCUUAGAAUUCAUCAGAAAAUUCAUACAGGAGAGAAACCUUACAAAUGCAGUGAAUGUGACAAAUGCUUUACCCAAAAAUGCACUCUCCGUAGUCAUCAGAGAAUUCAUACAGGAGAGAAACCUUACAAAUGCAGUGAAUGUGACAAAUGCUUUACCGGACAAUCCUAUCUUAGGAUUCAUCAAAGGAUUCAUACAGGAGAGAAGCUUUACAAAUGCAGUGAAUGUGACAAAUGCUUUACCCAAAAAUUUUAUCUUCAAAUUCAUCAGAAAAUUCAUACAGGAGAGAAACCUUAUAAAUGCAGUGAAUGUGAUAAAUUCUUUACGGGACAAUCCUAUCUUAGGAUUCAUCAGAGAAUUCAUACAGGAGAGAAACCUUACAAAUGCAGUGAAUGUGACAAAUGCUUUACUGACAAAAGUAGUCUUAGAAUUCAUCAGAUAAUUCAUACAGGACAGAAACCUUACAAAUGCAGUGAAUGUGAUAAAUGCUUUACGGGACAAUCCUAUCUAAGGAUUCAUCAGAGAAUUCAUACAGGAGAGAAACCUUAUAAAUGCAGUGAAUGUGACAAAUGCUUUACUAACAAAAGUAGUCUUAGAAUUCAUCAUAGAACUCAUACAGGAGAGAAACCUUACAUAUGCAGUGAAUGUGACAAAUGCUUUGCUGACAAAAGUACUCUUAGAAGUCAUCAGCGAAUUCAUACUGGAGAGAAACCUUACAAAUGCAGUGACUGUGACAAAAGCUUUACCCACAAAUGGAGUCUGCAAUGGCAUCAGCGAAUUCAUACAGGAGAGAAACCUUACAAAUGCAGUAAAUGGGAGAAAUGCUUCACCCAAAAAAUGCAAACUUCAUACUUGUUAGAGAAUAAAUAAAAAAGAGAAACUCUAAUUGUAUUGAAUGUGACAAUUUCUGUAUCCACAGUAGCAGUCUUAGAAAUUAUCAGAGAGUUCAUACAAGAGAGAAAUCGCAAAUGCAGUGAAGGAAACAAGUGCUUUGCCCAUAUUCCCUGUCUUAGAAAACAUCAGAGAAUUUUUUUUCAUUUUUUUUAAAUUUAUUGAUAUAUUUAUUUACAUUUCAAAUGAUUUCCCCUUUUCUGGACCCCCACUCCCCAAAUUCUUAUAGUAGUGUAAGUUUAGAAAUUGUAGUGAAUGAGGAAAUUCUUUACCAAAGAUGGACAUUUUAGAAUUUUUCUGAAAAUAUGUACAUGAGAGAAAUGUUUCAAAUGCAGUGGUGGUAAAAACAACUUGAUUUGACUUCUGGCUCUUAUGCCACAGGCAAUACAUGUACAAGAGAAGUCUCACAAAUGCAAUGCAAUGACUGAAAAUUUCUUUGACCUCCUUUCAGUUCUGAAAAAUACACCUGAAUAUUUAUACUGAGGAAAAUGUUUCUACCGUAAAAGAAGAACAAAAAUUGUGUCAAAUGUUUUAUCAAGGCUCUUUACCACAAGAGGUUCAAUAAUAGAGAAAUAUUAUAAGUAUGCAAAACUUGUGAAAACCUUCACACCAUGUUCCAAUCUUAGAUAAUGUAACCUAUUUCUGCAGGGAAAUACUCUGAAAAUGUGACAAUAUAGGAAAGUUAUACUUGUUCAACCUCAAAUAUUUUAAGAUAAAGACCAAGUGGGGAAGGCAGAAUAUUUUUGGACACAUUCCUUCAGUCUAAAAUAAAGGGUUCAAAAGGAAACAAAAUUAACGUGUUUAAUACACCUUUGAAACUAUUUAAUAAUAAUGAUAGAAUUCUUUACAUUUAUUUCACAUAAAGGAAUUCAGAAAAUUAAACUUAAAAGAGGAUUUGAUACACUGAGCCACCAAAAUAGGAUGUUCUUUAUCCUAUAGAGAUGCCUACAGGACUGGAUAGUAGUGCUGCAUGCCUUUAAUCUCUUCACUUUGGGAGCAGAGACAGACAGAUUUCUCAGUUCCAGGCCAGACUGGUAUACAAAGAGAAACCUUGUCUCAAAAAAAAAAAAAAAAAAAAAAGAUUCCUACAGUAUCCAGUAUUCAUAAUCUCUAUCAAAUGCUGGUUUCAAGUUUCAGGUAACAACUAUGAGUCCCUUGUGCUUGGGUCAACAAGUCCUUCCCCAUAGUCCUGUAAGUAAAUGCAAUGAAGCUCAUUGAUUAA